CUCCAACCAGACCUAUAAUCUCAGUCGACUUCGACUCUUACGGUUUUGAAGGCGUCCGAUAGUCAAGGAUGGCGUCGGUAUCCAGGACAAUCGCUGGGGCCCCGUCAGUGACAAGCAUCCCCCUGUUCCUGGCACCAGCUUUCGCCAGGUCAGUUGCUACCGCAGUCACAUUAUCAACUCCGAGCCUUCGAUCAUAUGCAACCAAAAAGGACGAAAAGAAAAGCCACACAAACUGGGCACUACACGCGCGUCCGAAGAUUGAUAGGAACAAGAAAAGAGGUGUCUCUGCUAUCCGACGGACGGGACCUAGGAGCACGCGAGGACUGUGGAAAUACCCCCUUCCAGUGCCCGUGGCACGGGAUCACAGGGGAACGGCGGCAGAAUAUGCUGAAUCUGCGGACCAUGGACUCUGGGGUUUCUUUGAUAAGUCGAAACAGUCACUGCUUCCACCGGACGAUGAGUCGAGCCAUGGUCGGGCCUGGACGUACAAAGAGUUAUCUGUGAAAUCCUUUGAAGAUCUCCACAAGCUCUACUGGGUGUGCGUCAAGGAGCAGAAUCGAACCUUGACUCGAGAAAAAGAGAGACAACGUCUGAGGGCAGGCUAUGGAGAAGUGGAAAGCGAAGAGCGAGUUGCCGUUGUACGAGAAACGAUGAGCCUUAUCAGAGAAGUCCUGGUCGACCGCCAGUUGUCAUAUAACCAAGCGCGGAUACUGGUCGGACAGAAGGAAGUGGCCGAAAUCCUUGAAGAACCACGGUCUGUGCUGGAGGAUGACAGCCCGCUAGAGCAGACAAAGUCAACCCCAUACCAGCGGUGAUGGACGUGAGAACGAUUCUCAGAAAUCCUACCUUUUUCUGCAGAAUGCACUCAUAGCGGAUAACCUGCUUAGUGACUGUGGGACGCGGCGGCCGGUAGCGAAAGAUUCAGAGGACCACAGAAACGUUCCCGGAUCAUGUGUAACAGCCUGUAUACUUAAAACAUUGGAUACCCGGAAGCAUUUCUAUAACCUGCCAUCCUUAGGCUUCUUGCAUACCUCCCAAAUCGUGACGCCGCAGAGGUCAUCGCUUUUUACGUGAACGCUUCCAGGUCCGGG